AAGGAUUUCAUAUUAAAAAGCACACAUAUUUAACGCUAAUCAUGCUCAUUGCUAUUUAACCUGUUCCAUUUACUCUCAACUCCUCAUUAGUAAUGUUUUCUAAUACACUAAAUGACAAACAAAUGUGAUGAAAUUCUAAGCCCAGGAGGGCUGACCAACAACCACUGGGCUUGCCAAAACCAAUAGGACUGGGAAGCCCUCAGCACCAUUAAAGAGCAGGCCAGGAGACGUGCAGAGGCAUGAUUACUAAAAUAUGGCUAUGCUUUAUAGAGAUCUUUUAAAUAUUUAAAGCCAGCUGUAGUGGAGUGCUUGCAAAAGUCAGGGACAGUUUGUGUGCCUGCGGGAUUAUGUGCCUGCUUCCCAUUAACUAGCAGCUGUUGUUGUUUUUUGGGGAGGGUGGGAAUAAGGAUGGAGAGCUCCAGACUCUGCAUGUGUGUGGGGUGCAUCAUUUGAGGGGAAAAAGGAGAUCCUGGCAACUUUCUAUACAUAUCUAUAGGCUUUCAAAUUGCUCAUUGGAAAACACUAACGUAUUGUGCUCUGAUCAUACAACAUCUGCUCAUCUGUUCCCUUUGUUGCUGUCAACCCUGGGGAGAAUUUUACAGCUUGAGUUUAGUGGUGUCAUGGUUGUGUGUACCAGGGUUCUGCUACUUGCAGCAUCCAGGAUGGGUUGUGGAGACUUGGCACUCGUGGUCACCAGUGCCACCCUCUGUUCGCUGGUGUUCACACUGGACAGGUAGACUUGCCGCGUACCGCGGUCCUCUUUUCCCAUCAGACCUCUUUCUGGAGUUCACAAAGGAGGCCUGCACAAAUGGAAGUUAUCAAGGCAAGGAAGUGAAAUAAAAAAGCAGCUCCAGAAGGAAAAGGAAAACUUCCAGUGCAUUUUCCAUGCCCAGUGAGCAGGUGUCUGUGGAUCACAAACUGUUUAUUUCAGGCUGUGCUGAAAAUGUUUCCCUUGCUAAUAUGCCAGUGGGUUUUAUAACUUCUCAGCUGGCCUGUAAAGGUAAAUAAUCUCACUUUCCGUGUUGUCCUCCUUGUCAUAUCUGCUGUGUUUUGGUUUUAAUCAGAUGGUUUUGUCAAAGCAGGGCUUGCUGAAGUUCAUUGCACAGUGUUUAGUGUGGAGAGGAGCAUAAUAUUUACAUAUGAAAUUGGAAACUUCUUGUACACAGCAGCAAAAUCAGCUCUCCAAAACAAGAUGUAUUGGCAAAUAAAUCUGACCCUGCUUGUGCUAUUGGACUUUCUUCAGAUGGCAGUUGCCCACUGUAUGCUCCAUCAAAUUCCUCCUAGGAACUUUACAUUACCCUGCAUGCUGCUAAAUGAAACAGUUUUGAGUCCUUUCUCUGUCGGAGUUGUAGAGAGCUGGUCUGGUUUGAGGAGAGGGCAUGGAGCAUCGAAAACCGAACCUCCCUUGCUAAUGGAUGAAGAAAGUUUUCUGUGCUGCCUUUGGAAUGAUAGCAACAUUGAUUGUUCUUUGUACAGAGCAAGCAUGCAAGCAAGAAAGCUUAUUCCUUCAGAAAUAAGUAGCUCUGCUUCUCAGGAAAAAGAUUCAAAUUGGACCAUUGAAUGUUGGACUAAAGGCAAGCUGGACCUGCUGGUUUGUACUCUGAAGUUUUUGAAGUUGUACUUGAGAGCUGACCUGAAGGUUAAUCUUUUCUAUACUGUGUCAGAGCUGUCCCUGGGGGAUGUAUCUACGAGCUUUCUGAAGGGGACUGUCAUGGCUGCUCAGUGUGACUGCAGUGAGUAUGAGAGGUGUGAGUGCUGUGUGCCUGCCCUGAGACUCAACUACACUUACAUCAUGUGGCUGAAGAUGAUGGUUGGUGUUACAGCUCUGUGGUCACCUUUGAUGUUGGUCAAGCCCAUAGACAUAGUCAAGCCUGAACCUCCUUUGAACCUGCAUCUAGAAAUGACAGAGAAAGGUCAAAUGAAGAUCUGCUGGUCCGACCCUGUGUUGAUGCCAUACCCACUUCAGUAUGAAGUGAAGAUCUCUGCAAACUCAGGUCAAAACAGCUGGCAGAUGGUUCAAGUUGCUCUGGAAACCUCACUGGCCAUAGACAAUACACUGCUUGGAUCUUCAUACUUAGUUCAAGUGCGGUGCAGGAAUCAUCAUGGUCCAGGGUUCUGGAGUGAGUGGAGCACACCAUACAACCUCAGCUUGGGAGCUCAAGUCCUGUACUUCCCUCCUAAGCUACUGACCAGUGUUGGUUCUAACGUUUCCUUUUAUUGCAUCUACAAAAACACAACCAAGCUUGUAGCAUCCAAGAAGAUUGUCUGGUGGCUGAACUUAGUGGAAGAAAUCCCACAAAGUCAGUAUACGCUUGUGAAUGACCGUGUAAGCAAAGUUACUCUUUUCAACUUGAAAGCAACAAAACCUAGAGGAAGUUUCUUCUAUAACGCAUUGUACUGUUGUCAUCAAAAUAGGGAAUGUCAUCAUAGAUACGCUGAAUUAUAUGUAGUAGAUGUGAAUAUUAAUAUCACCUGUGAAACGGAUGGGUACUUAACUAAAAUGACUUGCAGAUGGUCUGCAAACCCAAACACUGUGCUCCUGGGGAGUUCCUUGCAGUUAAGAUACCACAGGAGCAGAAUUUAUUGUUCCGACUUUCCAAGUACAUCUCCAGAAUCAGAGGUGAAAGAAUGUCAUUUGCAGAAGAACCAUUCUUACGAGUGCACAUUUCAGCCUAUUUUUCUUUUAUCUGGAUAUACCAUGUGGAUAGAAUUUAAGCACUUACUAGGAACACUUGAAUCCUCACCAACUUGCGUCGUUCCAGCUGAUGUGGUGAAGCUGCUUCCUCCCUCCAAUGUUAAAGCAGAGCUCACCAGGAAUGUUGGGCUGCUGAAUGUGAGCUGGACAAACCCUGUGUUUGCAAACAGUGAUCUGAAAUUUCAGAUUCGGUAUGCUGUGAACAGGGAGGAAAUGAUGUGGGAGCUUUAUGAAGUUUCAAAUGCACCCACAAGAUCAGCUGUGAUAGAAGUUCAAAACCUUUGUGUUGAGUAUGUCGUUCAGGUCCGGUGCAGGGAGCUGGAUGGCUCAGGCUACUGGAGUAACUGGAGCAGAUCAGCCUAUACCCUCGUAAAAGAUAUCAAAGCUCCCUUACAGGGCCCUGAAUUUUGGAGGAUUAUUACUGAAGAUCCAGCAAGGAGGCAGAAGAACGUUACACUCCUGUGGAAGCCACUGAUGAAGAGUCACUCCUUGUGCAGCGUGAGCCGAUACGUUAUACAGCAUCAGACAUCAGGAAACGCCACAUGGUCAGAGUAUGUUGACAAUGGCACUACCUGUUCAUUUCCAUGGACUGAGCACACACACACCAUUACUGUUCUGGCCAUGAAUUCAGUUGGAGUUUCUUCAGUUAAUUUUAAUUUAACUCUAUCCCAGCAAAUGAGCACAGUGAGUGUUGUGCGGUCCCUCAGCGCUUACCCAGUGAACAGCACUUGUGUGAUUCUGAUCUGGACACUCUCCCCUCAAAUAUACGUGCUAACGUCUUUUAUUAUUGAGUGGAAGAACCUUAACAAAGAAGAGGAGAUGAAAUGGGUGCGAGUUCCUCCAAAUAUCAGUAAAUAUUACAUUUAUGAUCACUUUAUCCUGAUCGAGAAGUACCAGUUCAGCCUGUAUCCUGUGUUUGCUGGAGGAGUUGGCAAACCCAGAGCAACGGAUCAGUUUACCAAAGCUGGAUAUGAAAAUGAGAACAAUGCCAACCUCUAUGUGGUUCUGCCAAUAGUCAUUUCAACCUCAGUUUUGUUGCUUGGAGCACUGCUGGUUUCACACCAAAGCCUGAAACUUUUGAGCAUCUCUUCAUCAAGCACCCCGAAGCAAUGUCAUUCGAGCCUCUUCUUCUGGAACCAGCAAUAGUGCUGGAAGACAUCAGUGUCACUCACGUGUUGAAAAAGGAAGGCUCUCAAGACUUUUUAGUCAUUGAUUCCAUGUUUGCAACACCACAAGACUCUGCACAUGACUCUGCUUGCUCCAGCAGCCAUUUCCAUAGUAGCAGC